CGACGUCGCUACACCUAUUUUGUUAUUGAUAAAUGAUAAAUAAUGAAAAAUAAAAAUAUAUUAGUGACUCUUAUCAUUAUGGUUCCAUAAACUGUCACCGUAUUUUAACAGCGUUCCGAAUUCCUGUAUCAAUGAAGAUUGAAGUGUGAACAGUGAACGUACCUAGUUUUGUGUAAAGGCAUUGUAGUAUAAUUUAUAAGCAUUGGUCUUCAUUCUUUGUUUGUAAUUUGUGGAAUUUUAGUUGUUUAGUUGAAUUCAAGUAUAUCAAUUAUCAAUGUCUUUUCACUAAACUGUAUUAACUUUUAGUCUGGCGUGGAAGAAUAUGAUUACAUUAAUGGUGUUGACAGGCAAAAGUUACUGUAGUAAUUUACUAAAGUAAUGUUUAUGACUGUUAUCAAAAUAAAAUAUUAAAAAAGUUGUUUUAAGUAUUUUCAACUACAUCGACUUCGACUAAAUGGGUAAAAUGUGGUUAAAAAUUAAGGUACUGAUCUGGAAAAGCUUACGUUUACGCAAAAGACAUUGGAUUGGUUCGAUUUUUGAAAUAACAAUUCCUAUAUUGUUAUUUAUCUUUCUGGUCUACCUGAAUACAAAAUUAGCUGUACCUAAUAAUGGUCCAAUCACAGUGAAUGCGUCUAUACCAGAUCCUAUUUAUGAAGAACAUUUAACCAAGGAUUUUAUAGAUAAAUAUUCCGCUAAUAGUAAUUUUAUUUACACUCCUAAAAAUAAAAAAACUGAGCAAGUAAUGCUUAAUGUUAUGGGUUUAUUGGAAAUAUUUCCUAAUCAUGUGACAACAACAAACAGCGAAAGCGAGAUGAUAACACAAUUCAUAAACAUGCACAACAGUUCAAAAAGGGAAGGAUUUGGAAUAGUUUUCAUCGGAUCCGUGGAUUCUAAAAAAUUUACUUAUAAAAUUAGAAGUACAAACGAAGUUUGGAAUACCGAUUUAUUGUUUCCAACGUUAGAAGUACCCGGACCAAUGGAUUCUGGUGAAACAUAUUUUAAAACUGGAUUUCUCGCAUUACAAUUGGCUUUGGAUAAAUCAUUUAUUCAAGUUAAUAACCCCGAAGCUGCUAAGACCAUACAAUCAUACAACUUUGCGAUUCAGUCGUAUCCAUAUGCAAAAUACAUAAUUCAAGAUAUCACGACUAUAUUUCAGUUAGUAUUACCAAUGUUCACAGUUAUAAGUUUUUUGUUGAUGUGCUCAUACACAAUUCAAAGAGUUGUAGAAGAAAAAGAAUCCGGUGUCAAAGAGUUAAUGAAAAUGAUGGGCCUCAAGUCAUGGAUGAUAUGGGCAGGUUGGUUGUUGCAUAACAUAAUGGCAUAUUUGAUAUCGGUCGUGAUAAUUGUUUGGCUAUGCUGUGUAAGAGAAAACGAGGAAGGAGGAAAACUGUUAAAUCACACAAAUCCAUUGCUGUUUGGAGUAUUUCUUAUGGUGUAUAUAAUUUCUGGAAUAUUUUUUUCCUUUGCAGUUAGUGGUUUUUUUUCUAGACCCAUACUUGCCACAAACAUUGGUGUUUUGUUGUGGUUGGUUUCAUAUAGCGUACCUUCUCAAUUGUUAAAAUCGGCUGGUUAUAAAAUCAAAUUGUUUUCCAUGUUAUUGCCAAACAUGGCGUUAUUUAAUGGUUACACUUCAAUAGCGUCACUGGAAACACAAGGUUAUGGUCUUCAGUUUUCAACCAUUUUUGUUAACGGAAAAAAUGAUGAGUUUUCUGUUGGAUUAGUAUUGUUGAUGUUAAUUCUUGACAGUUUAUUGUAUGCAUUUAUUGCGUGGUUCAUGGAUUGUGUCAAACCAGGACAAUAUGGCAUCGCUAAACCAAUAAAUUUCUUAUGUACUUGGUCAAAGUCAACGUCUGAAGAUAUUGUUAAGAUACCAGUGUCAAAAAAGGAAAGCAAAUUAUUUGAAAAAGUUAAUGCGGAAUAUGAGGUCGGUAUCGAUGUGCAGAAUUUGUACAAAAGUUUUGGUAAUUGUCAUGCUGUAAAUGGGGUAAAUUUGCAAAUAUAUAAAGGACAAAUAACUGCUUUGUUGGGUCACAAUGGCGCUGGAAAAACUACUACUAUGUCUAUUAUCACAGGAAUGUAUUCGCCCACUAAUGGCAGUGUUGCAGUAAAUGGUCGUGAUAUUUUUAACAAUUUAGAUAAAUUCAGGGAAAGUCUCGGCCUAUGCCCUCAGCAUAAUUUAUUGUUUUCGUAUUUGACAGUUUUUGAUCAUUUAUUAUUUUUCGGAAUGCUUAAAGGAUUAUCGUAUAGCGAUUCACGUUCAGAAGGGACAACUUUACUCACCCUGUUGAAUAUAUUAGAUAAAAAAGAUCAACUGGUGAAGAGCCUUUCUGGAGGAAUGAAGAGAAAGCUAUCGCUUGCAAUUGCGCUGAUUGGUGAUCCUGAGAUACUAAUAUUGGAUGAACCAACAUCAGGAAUGGAUCCUGAAUCACGAAGAGAAAUGUGGGAUUUGUUAUUGUCUAUAAGAGGGAAGAGGACUAUACUAAUUACUACACAUUUUAUGGAAGAAGCCGAUGUCCUUGGAGAUAGAAUUGCUAUCAUGGAUCACGGACAAGUGAUUUGCUAUGGAACAUCGUUAUUUUUAAAAAAAGCUUACGGAACUGGAUAUCAUUUGACCAUUAUUAAGAAUGAAUCUUGUGAUGUAAACGAAAUGACAAACAGUAUAUUAAAGAUUGUCCCAGAAGCAGAACUUCAAAGUUCAUUAAGCGCUCAAGUAGUUUACAAUUUACCAAGUGAAAACACCGAUCAGUUUCCAGACUUAUUUAGAAUGCUAGAAUUAAGAAAAGAAGAAUUUGGUAUUACUGGAAUGGGAGUAGCUUGUACAACAAUGGAAGAAGUUUUCUUAAGAGCUGGAAAAAAUAUACAAGAAAAUAUCGAUGACGAUUCACCCAUUCACAGUCCAGUGGGCGCCCCCUCUAAUUAUCAAUUAAUUAUCACCAAGCAAGUGGAUUGUAAUAUUGAUAAUGUGACUGCUCUAGUAAAACAAUAUGUACCAGAGUUUUCGUUGAUGGCCAAUUUGAGCUUGCAAUUAGUUUACAACUUGCCAUCAAGGAGUCGCUCUCAGUUUAGUACAUUGUUUUCAGGGCUUGAAUUUCAAAAAGAAAAUUUGAAAAUAGAGAGCAUUAAAAUAACAAAUCCGACAACAGGUGACAUUUAUCCUAAAAUUAGUAAGUUUCAUUCAACAGUAUUAGCAAAUACUUCAGACAACAACAAAGUUCAGCGUUCUGCUGGAUCUGGAGACUACGGAGAUGAACCAAAAGGAGAAACAAACGGAGAUGUUAACCAAAGUAAUCAAGCAUUAAUGCCAAAGUAUAUGACUGGAUAUAAUUUGAUGAAAAAUCAAUUCACAGUACUCUUGACCAAAAAAGCAGUGUACUCUUCUAGAAGAUGGUUUUUAACAAUUAUAUUCGGUUUAUUACCAGUGCUUACAACAAUAUUUACCAUGCAAUCGACUUACGACUUAUUUGAAGCAUCAAAGAUACAAGAAGGGUUAAAUUUGGUAUUAAGUGCCUAUAAAGAUAGCAAUGUUUAUUACCGUAUUGGAGAUGACUCGUCUAACAGUUUAGAAUCCCGCUUUGCUGAUAUAUCCAAAAUGAAUCAAGCUACUGUCCACGAAAUACCAUCUAGUCAUAAUUUAAUUGAUGACAUGUUGGAAUUGUGUACGAAUGAUGUAUUCAAGUACAGAUCACAUGUUAUGAUUGCUGGCGAUUUCAACAAUACCAACACAACCGUAAUGUUCAAUAAUAUAGCGUAUCACACACCUGGAAUAGCAGUAAAUCUUUAUACAAAUGCUUUGUUACAAAAAGUAACUGGAAAUAAUGAAAUGUCCAUUUCAGUGACAAACGAUCCAAUUCAAAUAACAGACAACAGUGUCUGUGGAAAUAAUUUUCAAAUGCAAAUAGUACUGGUGUGGCUUACUAUGUUUUCGCCCGGUAUGCUUUAUUUCAUAAGUUAUUACAUUGCAAUGCCUUUAAACGAGCGAGUGAGCGGCUUCAAACACUUACAAAUGAUGACGAAACUGUCCCCUGUUAUGUACUGGUGUGUUUGUUUCAUAUGGGAUUAUAUUUGUUACUUGGUCGUUAUCGUUAUAACUAUGAUAACCAUGUACUCCUACGAUCAUUACCGAAUCUUUACCGGUCCAGACGAGCUCUGGACCCUCUUGGUAUUGUUCAUUGCGUACGGGUGGAGCUCGAUAUUUUAUGCAUAUUCUUUUAGUUUCUUCAAAAAGUCAUUACUUUCUUCUAUAUCAUUGUUCAUAGCGGUGAACUUUAUAUUGGGUUUGAUAAUCAACAAUAUUUUAUACCUGGUAAAAGCCAUCCUAGUGAAACCAGAUAAUGAGGUAACUUGGUUUCAUAUAGUGAGAUACAUUGUUUUGUUGGUUCCUCAUUUUUCAUAUUCCUCUUGCAUUGUGGGUUUUGUUACGAUAUCGUGGGAAAACAAUCGGUGUAAAAUAUGCAAAACGCCCGACAUGGAAGAAGCGUGUAGUGGUUCUGCAGAUUUUAAGCCCAAGAAAUAUUUUGAAUUUGCUUCAACCGAAAAUCCAGAUGGCAUAUUGAGCGAGCUAUUAUUUUUAAUAUUCAGCAGUUUGAUCUACUAUUUUUUUAUACUAUUGAUGGACUAUAAAGUAUUUGCUCGUAUGUAUCAAUUUAUAUUUAACACUAUUGUCGGUUCUGGAGUGAGUUACAAAGACGAUGACGAAGAUCCUGAUGUUGGUGGCGAAAGAGAUAAAGUAGACGCUGCUAAAGUCCGUACAAACGACGAUGCAGAGUCACCAUUAUUGGUUGUGGACGGUGUGAUUAAAAAGUUCAGUUUUAAAUUCACCGGCGUUCGGGGCAUUAGUUUUACCGUUUCCCCCGGUGAGUGCUUUGGUUUACUCGGAGUAAACGGUGCGGGUAAGACAACUACUUUCAGAGUUUUAACUGGUGAUACAUUCCCGUCAAAUGGCGAUGCCGCUAUUCAAACAGAUAGAGUUUAUAAACUUAGUUCGUCAUUCCGACAGUAUAUGUCGAUGAUUGGUUAUUGUCCACAAUUUGAUGCACUCAACGAUCAACUUACUGCCAAAGAAACAUUGAGAUUAAUGGCUAUCUUAAGAGGAAUUUCGCCGAAUAAUGCUAAGAAGCACGUAGACAAAUGGAUUAAGGAUUUAGGUCUGGAAGAAUAUAAAAACAGACUUUGCGGUACAUACAGUGGUGGUAACAAGAGAAAACUGAAUACUGCUAUAGCUCUAAUAGGAGAUCCACCAGUCGUAUUCUUAGACGAACCAACAAGUGGCGUGGAUCCUGUAGCAAGACGUAAUUUAUGGCAACUUUUGGCCGUGAGUCAAAGGGCUGGUCAAGCAGUCGUGCUUACGUCUCAUAGUAUGGACGAAUGUGAAGCCCUGUGUAACCGUUUGACAAUAAUGGUAGACGGUGUGAUGAAGUGUAUCGGUAAUAUUCAGUAUUUGAAGAAUCGCUAUGGUCAAGGAUUUACAGUUAUAAUAAAACUAAUCGAUAGUAGUGAUAACAAUUUGAGUGAACUCAAAUCAGAUAUUGAACGACAGUUUGCUCCAGAUAUUCAUUUGAAAGAUGAACAUAAGGGAUUACUGAAUUAUCACAUAACCAAUCCGAGAGUACCGUUGUCCGAUAUAUUCGGUCAUAUGAAAGCAAUCAAAGAAAAUCAUAUGAUCGUCGAAGACUAUACUAUUAGCGAUACAACUCUUGAACAAGUUUUUAUAGCGUUUGCAAAAAAACAAGCUAUUAUAAACACAGAUGCAUAAAUAGAAAUGAUAUUGUGAUGUUUUUUUUCCUUAAAAAGUAUUUAUUUGUGUGUUAUAAUAUUUAUUAAAACAAUUAGUUCCUUAGCUUAUUAUUAUUUCAUUAUUUUAGAGACCAAUUAUUUAUUACCAACUUACCAAAUAUUUGAAUUAUUCUGUUUAAAGAAAAUUAUGUACUGUAAAGAUAUUUAUACUGUAUUUUUUUAAAUUAAUUUUUUACUAUCCAUAGGAAUGCGUUAGAAGUUUCUACUUUAUUUUAUUAUUUCUAUAUUUUUUACUAUAUAACUUAAAUGAAACAAACCAUUGGCGGUUAGUUGGAUGAUUGAACAGUGUUACAUAUGAUUACGUACUUACUUUAAUUUGAUUAUAUUAUUAUAAUUUAAUACAAACUAUGAUAAUAUUAUACAAUUUUUUAUUAUUUGUGUUAGUCAUAACAGUGAAUUGAAGUUUAGAUUCGGUGCUUA